AUGCGUGAAGUCAUCUCUGUACACGUUGGUCAGGCUGGUGUCCAGAUCGGCAAUGCCUGCUGGGAGCUGUAUACCGUCGAGCACGGUUUGAGCCCUGACGGUCGUUUGCUCGAAGGCUCCCCUUCCGCUAAUGAUGGUGGCUUCAGCACGUUCUUCUCCGAGACCUCGUCUGGCAAACACGUGCCCCGUUCGUUGUACAUCGACCUCGAGCCUAACGUGAUUGACGAGGUUCGGAACGGCCCUUACAGGAGUCUCUUCCACCCUGAGACUCUUGUGACGGGCAAGGAGGAUGCUGCCAGCAAUUAUGCUCGUGGCCACUACACCAUUGGAAAGGAGCAGAUCGAUGUUGUGAUGGACAAAGUUCGCCGCCUUGCAGACAACUGCUCUGGUCUUCAGGGCUUCUUUGUCUUCCACUCGUUCGGAGGUGGAACUGGUUCCGGUUUCGGUGCUCUCAUCCUUGAACGCCUCUCCACCGACUAUGGCAAGAAGUCGAAGUUGGAGUUCAGCGUCUACCCGGCCCCCACCCUCGCAAACUCCAUUGUUGAACCCUACAACUCGGUCCUCACCACUCACACCACUCUUGAACACUCGGAUUGUUCAUUCAUGGUUGAUAACGAGGCCAUUUACGACAUUUGCAAGAAGAACCUGGGCAUCUCGUCACCAAGUUUGACCAACUUGAACAGGCUGAUCGCCCAAGUUGUCUCCUCCGUCACUGCUUCAUUGCGCUUCGAUGGCUCCUUGAACGUCGACUUGAACGAGUUCCAGACUAACUUGGUCCCUUUCCCCCGUAUUCACUUCCCUCUGGCCACCUUCGCCCCUAUCAUCUCAGCUGAAAAAGCUCACCACGAGCAGAACUCUGUUGCCGACAUGACCUUUUCCUGCUUCGAGCCUGGCAACCAGAUGGUGAAGUGCGACCCCAGAGAAGGCAAAUACAUGGCUUGUGCUCUUCUCUACCGCGGCGAUGUCGUGCCCAAGGAUGUCAAUGCUGCCGUUGCGAUCAUCAAGACCAAGCGCACCAUCCAAUUUGUCGACUGGUGUCCUACCGGCUUCAAGCUUGGUAUCUGCAACGAACCUCCUGCCCACGUUCCUGGUGGCGACCUCGCUAAGGUGUCGCGCAGCAUGUGCAUGUUGUCUAACACCACCGCCAUCUCCUCGGCGUGGAGCCGUCUUGACCACAAGUUCGACCUCCUCUACUCCAAACGCGCCUUCGUUCACUGGUACGUUGGUGAAGGUAUGGAGGAGGGUGAAUUCUCUGAGGCCCGUGAGGAUCUUGCUGCCCUCGAGAAGGACUAUGAGGAAGUUGGCAUCGAUUCGGCUGACGUCGAGGAAGCUGAGUAUUAG